UUUGUCCAGUUGCUUCACUCCAUCAAGAAGCUAAUCCUUCUCGGCUCAAAGUAGGCAGUGUUAAGACUCUAGCUGAAUCUUCCAACCUCACUUCCAUCCCCUCCCACUACGCCUUCACCACCUCCGCUUCCGGUGAUCAAGCCGUUCACUCUGAUCACGAUGACUCCAUCCCCGUCAUCGACUUCUCUCUCCUCUCCUCAAGUAAUCCCGAUCAACGGCAUAAAGUCGUCUCGGAUCUUGCAAAGGCUUGUCAAGACUGGGGCUUCUUCAUGGUACAUAUGUUCCCACCCAGUUCAUCAGCUGAUUAGCUGCUUCAUAGUACUUUUCUUUAUUCGAUCUGGUCGUGGAGAUCCAAAACAAACGGUGAUCAACCACGGAGUCCCCGAGGGCCAAAUGAAGGCGAUGGUCGACAUGCUGAUGGGAUUCUUCGAUCUGACAGAGGAGGAGAAGAGGGAGUUCGAAGGAAAGCACGUGUUGGACGGCAUAAGAUGGGGGACGAGCUUCAAUACUUCAGUCGACAAGGUAUUUUUCUGGAGAGAUUAUCUGAAGGUGAGGGUGCAUCCAGAGUUUCACUGCCCUUCCAAACCAGAAGGCUUCAGUGAAGUUUUAGCAGAAUACGCUGGGGCGGUCCGGAAAUUAGCUAGGGGGCUGCUCAAGGGUAUAUCGGAGAGCCUAGGACUUGAACCGGGCUAUAUUGAUGAGGCAAUGAACAUGGAUUCAAGCUUGCAGAGACUAACGGCGAAUUUGUAUCCGCCAUGCCCGCAGCCAGAACUUGCUAUGGGCAUGCCACCACACUCAGACCAUGGCCUGUUGACCAUCCUUAUGCAGAAUGGAAUUGGCGGCCUCCAAGUGCACCACGGCGGGAAGUGGGUCAAAAUCGAUCCCAUUCCGAACGCCUUUUUGGUCAACACUGGCGAUCACUUAGAGAUUAUGAGCAAUGGGAAAUACAAGAGUGUUCUGCAUCGAGCUGUUGUGAACAACAAGGAUACAAGGAUAUCGAUUAUUCUAUCUAAUGGACCAUCGCUUGACACUGUCGUCACGCCAGCGGAGCAGCUGGUGGAUGGGGAGAGCAACCGAGCUAUGUACAUCGGGAUGAAAUACAAGGACUUCCUGGAACUUCAUCAAAGCAGCGUUCUCGAUGGGAAAUCAGGCCUGGAACGGGUAAAGAUAUGAUUUUGUGCAGUCUGAACUGUUAUACUAAUGGAUGUGUGAUUGUGUUCUGCUUCUAGACUGUUUGGACUCUUUGGUUUGCAACCUUCGGAACUUUUUAAUAUUAUGUGAUUCAAGGUGCAAGAACUGUCUAGCACUGAGGUAUGUAAGCUGGUCCUUUCUAUGAUGUAUCUUCUUGACAUAAUAACUGGAAGUAAUUCACUUCAUAAUGUCUGACUAAA